AGCUUGCAGAAGUGCCUCUCUUUUUGACAGAUAGGCCUAUCUAUUAAAAGCUGCUGACGUCAAAAGCGACUGCCAUCUUUGACUAGGGCAGAGCUGCUGCGUUCCAUUGAAGAACUGAGGAGGUAUCAACCACGCGCAGUGCCUUUGCAGCAAUCCAGUCCAUACAGAACGGGAGUGAUAUCGGUUAGUUGUUGAAAUACGCAGACAUUUCCUCCUGCUGACUGCAAGCCACCGACCACGGCACAGUCUUCCCCGGCCUCCCAGUAGGAUCUAUUCUUUCCCGUUGGAGACCAACUCCACCCCGUACAGCCAGUAGCCAUGGCUGAAGACUUGGACAUGCGCAAUGAGCUGUCGGAUAUGCAGCAACGCGCCGACCAGCUUGGAGAUGAGAGUAAAGAUGCUGGUAUCAGGACCUUGGUUAUGCUGGACGAGCAAGGAGAGCAAAUGGAGCGCAUCGAGGAGGGAAUGGACCAAAUCAAUAAGGACAUGAAGGAUGCAGAAAAGAAUUUGAACGAUCUAGGAGCAUUCUGUGGUCUUUGCUCCUGUCCUUGUAACAACAUCAUCGGUAACCUGCGCCACAUGGCCUGGAUAUUGGCAAUGAGAUCGACACCCAGAAUCGCCAGAUCGACAGGAUCAUGGAGAAGGCUGAUUCCAACAAGACCAGGAUUGAUGAAGCCAACCAGCGGGCCACAAAGAUGCUGGGCAGUGGCUAAGCUCCCGGAGCACGUUGCUUCUCCCGCAAGCGCAGUUUGUCACAAGGCGCAAACAUGCUUUUAUCAUGGUAUUUACCUUCUAGGUUUGCACACAUGCACAUAUCACCUCCCCCCAUUGUAAAUGUUGUUAUGUGUAUUGUCUGUCUGGCUUUUUCAAUGAUUGUCCUCGUAAACAAAAGUAUUUCUUAUACUCCGUAUCAUUCUUUCCAAAGGUUGUAUAUAGUGCUGACUCGAUGGCUCUAGCUCACUUGUGAAGUUUUUAUUCUCUUUAUCAAAUAUAUAUAUAUAUAUAUAUAUAUAUGAUAUAUAUGUGAUAUAUAUAUCAUAUAUAUAUAUAUAUAUGUAUAAAGGUACACUGCUGGAUGACAAGUAUAAUAGGAAUGCUAUACAAGGUGUUUUUCCUUUUCAGUAUAUCAGUAUUGUCUUAGUAAAACUGUGUCAUUCCAUCAGCUGCUGUCAUGCUCCUUAUUUUGAUGUUGUCAUGACGAAUGAAGAAGAGGAAAAAAUAAGAUGAUAACAAACGAUAGUAAAUUCAAAAAGCACUUACGUACAAUCACUGUCUUUGGUUCCUUUCCCUCACCGCAAUUAUCAUGAGUUACUGUUUAGACAAUGUGCAACUAGAUUUGCUGUAAUAGACAUUGCAUUCCAAGUGAUGUGAAUUGUGCGUUCUGCAUGACAAAUGGUAGAUUUUAGAGUCAUAUACAUAAAACCUGUCUUAAAAAUAUAUAAAAACAAUAACAUGGCAGUAGCAAAGUUGACAAAAGCAUGCUCAGUAUUAGGACACAGUUGAACGUUCCAUACUCUCCUGCAAGUUUGCAAUAGUGCCACUAUUCCUGUCAAAAUAUAUUUACAGACUGUGACCAUCGUUGUAAAAUAAUGCAAAAUGAUUUUAACGUGAAGAGAUGAUGAUGGAAGAAUGAGGAUAUGGCUGUAACCGCAAAAAAUGAUGUGUUUUUUUCUAAAUGAAUAUGCAGUUCAGUGAAGAUAUGGAAUACGUGCUGAAGGGUGAGGUACUGGUUGUGUAUUGUAUCAUAGAUUUUGGAUGCUCUGAAAAAAUGAACAAAUUACACAUUGUUUGCAAUGUAAAGCAAAGACGCGUAUUUCUGAGAGACCUUACUUUUAUAAGAAGACUGUAUCCUGUUAGUUUAAUCUCCCCGUGUGGUUUGUUAUUGGUAAAAUAAUAAUGAUAACUAAAUAAUAUGAAUAUCAUAAUAAUAACAAGUUUUGAAACAAAAAAUGGCAUACAAAAGUUUUGUUUGCUUCUGUACUUUUAGAGCUAUGCACACCAAAUCACCAAGAUGUUGAGUAGUUAGAAUAAUAUGAUGAACAAAUACCUUCUCUGAAUGACACAAUAGAUUAAACUGUGAGAUUGAUGUCCUCAAAACGCAUGUGAUAUUCAAACUCCCUCUGUAUCCUGUCAGUUUGUGAAGUCGUGGAACAUUUUGUAGCUAGCUGAAUUGAUUAAAAGUAAUAAACCCUAUUCUCUGUG